AAUGAUUGAGCUUAAGCUUGGGCCGAAUCUCAAGUAGCCCAGAAUUGAGCCAGAUUACGCUGCUGAUCGAAGAAGACCCAAUUUCACGAUUAUCGGCGACUCGUUGGCCGUCGGCAGACCAAUUCGCCAAGGCGCAGAGAGGCUACGAUGUCGGAGGCGCCGCUGAGACGACUGAGAGGUCACAGAGCCACUGCCACGUGCUGUAUCGCCUCGAAUGACCGUCCUGGCCUUGUCGCUACUUCAGGCGAGGAUGGUUGUGUUUGCUGGUUUGACAUGAGAUGCAAAGAUGUCGUAUCCAUUAUGGAAGUAGGAAAAGAACCUAUUUCAUCCAUAUGUUUCAAGCCAGGGAAUGAAGACGUUAUUUACAUCUCCUCUGGGAAGGAAAUUAAGUCAUUUGAUGUUCAUCAGGCCGCAUCAUCAAAACCAUUGGGGAGUUAUAGUUACAACAAAGAGGAGAUAAAUCAGGUUUCUUGUAGCCCUAAAGCUUCUUUUCUUGCUGCCGCUGAUGAUGGCGGUGAUGUUAAGAUCAUUGAUAUUCACAAUAAUUGCCUAUAUAAAACAUUAAGAUCUGGCCAUACAAGUAUCUGUAGCAGUGUUCAGUUCCUUCCUUGGAGACCCUGGGAAGUUAUUACAGGAGGACUUGAUUCAAAGCUCAUUAUGUGGGACUUUUCCAGAGGACGCCCCAUCAAAGUACUUGAUUUUGAUAUCCCUGACAACAACCCUUCCAGCAACACGGGACAAUGUUUUAAUCCUGCAUUUAUUCAUGCAAUAGCGGUUCCUGAAGUUAAUAUGCUGGAUAAAUUGGGCCAGAUAUGUGUCGUUGCAAGGGGCGAUGGUAUUGUUCAUGUGAUUGAUAUUGAAUCCGAGAAAGCGAAGAAUUCCUCAAAAUCUGGUAAAAGAAUACAAACAAGAUCUAAGGGAGUUAGAGCUGCUUGUGAUAUGGAUAACCAAAAGCAAACUGGAAGAAAGAGGUUAUAUUUGGAUUACACUGUUGGCGGACAUUCUGCUGCUGUGUCCUGUGUGGCAUUUUCUCAAUUUGGAGAGAAAGGGAGGUUCAUAGUUUCUGGUGGGAAUGAUAAAUGCAUAAAGCUUUGGAAUUGGUCUAGAGUUCCUGAUGCUGGGGAAACUGGCAGCAGCAACAAUGAUAUUCUUUAUUUGAACAUCAAUCUGAGCAAAAAGGUGAAUUGGCUUUGUACUACUCCAUCUGAAACAGAAAACCUUAUCGUUUGUGAUACUAGCAAAGUAGUGAAGGUAUAUAAUGUUGCGUUAAGUGCCUCAUAAUCAGAGUUUAGGAAGUUAUCUGAGGAAUUCUGAACCAUGCUGCUGUUCUUGUAUUUGAAGUAUAUGAUUUUAGAUCCUUAAGAGUAACAAUUUUGAGACCAAGGGUAGACAUUUCCUGAGAAUCACCUCGAAAUAUUGCCUUCCUGACUAGGUGCAGCCACCCUCCUACUCUCAUAAUCUGCAUUUGGCCUUCAUUAGACUUGUACAACUGGGUAUGUGAACACCUUAGCCCUAUUUAAUAACCAUUUAGUUUUUAGUUUUAGGUUUUUGAAUA